UUAGUCGAUUGAGUAAUUGUAAAUAUUUUCGAAGAAUGACUUUAUUUCAGAUGAAAUGGCUUCGGAAGCUUGUACGAAAAAAUACUAAUCCUAUACCAUUCGACACUGCCUCCACAUGGAAGCGUAGAUUAAGUUUCGGUUAUGCUAUAAUUGCAUGGCAGGCUUUUGGUUUAGUUUGCUAUAUGUUAUAUAAAGGAAAAGGAGAUUGGGCUAAAUACCAUGGAAUAAAAUCAGAAGAAGAUUUGAGGAUGACACCAGCGGAACAUUAUAGCAAAAUGUUUAAUGUUAAUAAAGCGAAAGUUAUCCGAAUAUCUGGUUUUGAAAAGAUAGAUGAAGUUCAAAUCGAUAACUCAACAAAAAAGUAAAUUUAACAUUUUUGGAUUUGUAGUGUUAUAGUAAUUAAAAUAUAGUUUGAUUUUAAAUAUAAGUUUAUUAAAUUCAUUAUUAUAA